AUGGGGCUCGCCCCCCUCCUCGCCCUCUGCCUCUGGAGCCGGGUACUGGGUAAUGACAUUCUGGGGCUGAAGCUACCGAGCGACCCUGUCCUGACCCCCAACACGGUGUGCCUGACCCUGCCGGGGCUCAGCAAGCGCCAGAUGGGCCUGUGCGUACGUAGCCCAGAUGUGACCGCCUCGGCCCUGCAGGGCAUCCAACUCGCCACCCAGGAGUGUCAACACCAGCUGCGGGACCAGCGCUGGAACUGCUCCAGUCUGGAGGGGGCGGGCCAGGUGCUGCAGGACAGCGCCAUCCUCAAGAGAGGCUUCCGGGAAAGCGCCUUCACCUUCUCCCUGCUGGCGGCGGGCGUGAUGCACUCGGUGGCCACAGCCUGUAGCCUGGGCAAGCUGCAGGGCUGCGGCUGCGCGUGGGGGGAGCACGGCGGCCAGGAGAAGCAACGGCUGAAGCUGAGGCAGCUGCAGGCGCUGUCCCGGGGCAAGGGCCUCCCCCUUCACCUGGCCUCACUCCUGGGCGAGCCCGGCCCGCAGGACACCUGGCAGUGGGGCGGCUGCGGGCCCGACAUCAGCUUCGGGGAGCGCUUCUCCCGGGACUUCCUGGACUCACGAGAGGCGCCACGCGACAUCCAGGCCCGGAUGAGGAUCCACAACAACUGGGUGGGCAGGCAGGUGGUGGCGGAGAACAUGAAGCGCAAGUGCAAGUGCCACGGCACGUCGGGCAGCUGCCAGUUCCGCACGUGCUGGCCGGUGGCGCCCGAGUUCCGGCUGGUGGGCGCGGUGCUGCGGGAGCGGAUGCAACACGCCGCCUUCAUCAGCGCCCACAACCGCAACAGCGGCGUGUUCGGGCCGCGGCUGGGCCAGCGCCGCCUGGCCCGCGAGCUGGUCUUCUUCGAGAAAUCACCCGACUUCUGCGAGCACGACCCGGCGCUCGACUCGCCCGGCACCCGCGGCCGCGCCUGCAACCGCACCAGCCCCCGCACGGACGGGUGCGCCAGCCUGUGCUGCGGGCGAGGCCACAACCUCCUGCGCCAGACGCGCCGCGAGCGCUGCCGCUGCCACUUCCACUGGUGCUGCUCCGUGCUGUGCGAGCAGUGCCGGCACAGCACCUGGCUCAGCGUCUGCAAGUGA